UGAUUCCCAGCGACGAUCGUUGGGCCCCGGGUUACGCUGCGGUUGGGCGUUGUUUUCCCCGAAUGUGGUUUACUGGGGACUUGGCAUUUGCUUUUCGCGUCAAGCGUGACAGCAACUUUGCAAACCUCCCUCUUGUAUCCCGGAACUCUCGGAGGGCCACUUUCGGCCCUGAAACCUGCAGCCUGAGAAACCCUGCCUCCUGCGAGGACCAGCCACGCACCCCGAAGGAGCCCCGCAAGCCGCCACACCGCCCCAACUGCAUCCGGUCGGGAGGCGCCUAGCGGAAGCAACUCCCGAGGGUAGUGCCCGCCUUCUGCUCCGGGCCGGCUCCGCCCGGGACCGCCCCAACCGCGCCGCUCCCUGCCCCGCCGUCCUCAAAAGUUCCCGGCGUACUCCGCCACCCCGGACUGCCGCAGCACCCUGUCUGCCCGGCUCUCCGACCUCUCGCUGCGCCCCGCCAGCUCCACCUCCAGAUCCAGCGCCGCUUCCCGCCCUGCCCCGACGCGCCCCCUCCACCUGGAACCAGGACCGCCCCAACUGCGCGCCCCCAGCCCGUCCACCCAGCCUCCAGACCAUCCACUGCGCCACUACAAAAGUCGACAGCGCCCGGAGCCAGCGCGGCACAACCGACUACUGACCGGGUUCGUUUCCUUUAGCCAGCCCGGUGCUAUUUGCUGUUCGUCUCAAAACACAUUUCUUCGCCUCUUUGAACUUAGAUACAGCAUAAUGUUAAAUCAACUUCUGCACACCAGCUGUCACCUCAUACCAGGCCCUGCAGAACCCAGCCCCUCCCUGAGCCGCUCACGUUCUGCUCUGCCCUGCCCGGUGCUCUCUGGCAACCCUGCCAGGUGCUUCUUUGGACUCGCAGCUAGUUGAACCAUGGCAACAACUCCAGCCUGUGCUUUUGAGGCUCUCAUGGACGGAGUGACCGGCUGGAAUGUCCCCAAGGGCCCCAUUCCAUGUGAACUGCUUCUUACUGGGGAGGCUGCCUUCCCAGUGAUGGUGAAUGACAAGGGCCAGGUCCUCAUUGCUGCCUCCUCCUAUGGCCAAGGCCGCCUGGUGGUGGUGUCCCAUGAGGGCUACCUGCUGGAUGCUGGCUUCGCUCCAUUUCUUCGUAAUGCGGUGGGCUGGCUCUGUCCCUCACCUGCGGCUCCCACUGGAGUGCACCCCUCUCUGCCAUCACUAGUAAGUAUCCUGCAAGCCUCUGGGGUUCCGGCACAAGUGCAGCCGGAAGUGGGGGCUCCCGUGGGAGUUUACUGCAUUAGUGCCUACAUUACUACGAUGACUGCAGAGCUGAUCCAGUUUGUGAAAAGUGGAGGCGGCUUGCUCAUCGGGGGCCAAGCCUGGUAUUGGGCCAGUCAGCAUGGUCCUGACAGAGUACUGUCCCGGUUCCCUGGGAAUGAGGUGACAAGUGUGGCCGGAGUAUUCUUCACCGACAUCUAUGGGGACAUAGACCGGUUCAAGGUCUCUAAGAAGAUACCCAAGAUCCCAUUCCAUGUGAGAUGUGGGGAGGAUCUCAGGCAGGAUCAGCAGCAGCUCCUGGAAGGGAUCUCAGAAUUGGACAUCAAGACGGGAGGAGUCCCCUCCCAGCUGCUGGUUCACGGGGCUCUCGCCUUCCCGCUGGGGUUAGAUGCCUCACUCGGCUGCUUCCUGGCAGCUGCCCGCUAUGGCCGGGGCCGGGUGGUCCUGGCUGCCCAUGAGGCCAUCCUCUGUUAUCCCAAGCUGGGGCCCUUUCUGCUCAAUGCUGUGCGCUGGCUGGGCAGAGGCCAGACAGGUAAACUUGGGGUAAACACAAGUCUAAAAAACCUGUGUACCCUCCUGUCAGAACAUGGCCUGGAGUGCAGUCUGCAACCCCAUCUGACGCAGGACUUGCGUGUCUACUGCUGCACGGCUUACAGUGACAAGGAGGCUAAGCAGCUGCAGGAGUUUGUGGCCGAGGGUGGGGGCUUGCUGAUCGGGGGCCAGGCCUGGUGGUGGGCCAGCCAGAAUCCAGGCCGCUCUGCUUUGGCUCAUUUCCCCGGUAACAUCAUCCUCAACUGCUUUGGCCUCAGUAUCCUAGCUCAGACUCUCCACGCAGGCUGUUUUCCUGCCCCUACCCCCGAGAUGCAGAGCUACCAUUUCCGCAAGGCACUGUCUGAAUUCCAGGCUGCACUGAGCCAUGGGGCUAGGAAUUUGGAAAAGCAAUGGCUGGCAAAGCUGGGAGCAGAUGGUGCAGCCUUCCUACAGAUCCCAGCAAAGGGAGUCCCUGCUUACAUAUCCCUGCACCGAUUCAUAAAGAAGAUGCUGCAUCUGUCGGGCCUCCCAGCUGUGAGCCGGGAGCACCCUGUGGCUGGCGACUCCUUUGAGGCUGCAGUGCUCUGCCUGGCCACGGAGCUGGCACGCUCUGGGACUGACUGCUCCCAGCUGGUGCAGGAACUUGGAACCUGCACCUGCAGCUCAGGACACCCCAUCACGGUGGAGAUCGAUGGGAACAACCCAGGCCACUGUGAUGCCUGGGUGAGCACGGGGCUCUACCUCCCACGUGGACAGAGUGCAGAAGUCUCGCUGUCUGAAGCUGCAGCCUCUGCCGGCCUGAAGGUACAGAUUGGCUGCCACACAGAUAACUUGACCAAAGCCAGCAAGCUGUCUCGAGCCCCUGUGGUGACUCAUCAGUGCUGUUUGGACAGGAGCAUACAAUCUGUCUCCUGCCUCUGGGGUGGCCUUCUCUAUGUCAUCGUGCCAAAGAGCAGCAAACUGGGCCCUGUAUCUGUAACCAUCCAAAGGGUUGUGCCUGCCCCUUACUACAAGCUGGGUAAGACAUCUCUGGAGGAGUGGAAAAAAUGUAUCCAGGAGAGGCAGGCUCCCUGGGGAGAGCUGGCAACAGACAAUAUCAUCUUGACCGUGCCGACGGCAAACCUGCGAGACCUGGAGGACCCCGAGCCUGUACUCCACCUCUGGGAUGAGAUGAUGCACGCUAUAGCCCAGCUAGCAGCCCGGCCGUUCCCCUUCUGCCGUCCUGAGAGGAUUGUUGCUGAUGUGCAGAUCUCAGCUGGCUGGAUGCACUCAGGUUACCCCAUCAUGUGCCACCUGGAGUCAGUGCAAGAGCUCAUCAAUGAGGCCAGCAUUAGGAGCACAGGUCUGUGGGGACCCAUCCAUGAGCUGGGUCACAACCAGCAGCGACAGGUGUGGGAGUUCCCACCACACACCACUGAGGCCACCUGCAACCUCUGGUCUGUCUAUGUGCAUGAAACGGUCCUGGACAUCCCCAGGUCUAAGGCCCACCCUGCUCUGAGCCCUCCAGAAAGAGAGAAGAGAAUCAAAACACACCUGGGAAAGGGAGCCCCCCUGAAUGACUGGAAUGUGUGGACAGCGCUGGAAACAUACCUACAGCUCCAGGAGGCCUUUGGGUGGGAGCCAUUCACCCAGCUCUUUGCGGAGUACCAGACGCUCUCCGGCAUCCCCAAAGACAACACUGGCAAGAUGAAUCUGUGGGUGCAGAAGUUUUCGGAAAAGGUGCAGAAGAAUCUGGCUCCAUUCUUUGAGGCCUGGGGGUGGCCUGUCCAGAAGGAAGUGGCGACCAGCCUGGCCCAUCUGCCCGAGUGGCAGGAAAAUCCCAUGCUGGCAUAUAUGCAUCGUUAGGAGGAAGAGAUGUGCAGCAAGGUGGUGGGGGGAGAGGCAGCUAAGUCAUAAGACAAAAUGACACCAACAUUCUCAGGAAAAUCCCUUAUUACUGUUCCCUGGUUUAUACUUUUGCUCUCACUGACUUGUUUCAGCAUCCUAAUCCUCCAGCAGAGGAUCUUAACAUCUGUGCGUCUUAAGGUCCCGUGGGCUCUCGGCUCCUACUUUUGACCAACAGUGUUGUUGUUGUUGUUGUUUAAGAUUUUAUUUAUUUAAGAGAGAGAGCGAGCACAGGAGAGCAAGCAUGAACAGGGGGAAGGACAGAGGGAGAGAGAGAAGCUGACACCCCAAGAGCAGGGAGUCAGAUCAUGGCCUGAGCCAAAUGCAGAUGCUUAACUGACCAAGCCACCCAGGCGCCCCCUGACCAACAGUUCUAAAGACUAUGGCAUUACAUAAUAGUGUGAUCUCACCCCUGCCAGCCCUAAACAUGGCUGUUAAUUGCUUAUGCUUUGAGAACUUUUCUAAUAGCAAGAGAGACAGGCUGGUAUAGAGAGCCCUGAACUUGGCUUUGGUUCUGUGGAAAAUCUCUUAAAGUCUCUGUGGUUCUGUUCUCAUCCAUGACAUGAGAAGGGGAUAAAAGUCUGCUGUUGGAUAACGGUAAACAUGUAUGUCCGCUGCAAUAUGCAUACACACGCAAGGGUAUUCUUUAGCUUUCGCCAGGGCCCGUGGUGGCCUGUCUGUGUGGACAGCCUGCAAACUGGAUCCCAUUUCAGAGUUGGCCCCCUGGAGGUGGGCACGCACUCUCUGUCUGUGUAAGAGUUUUAAUGCAUUAUCAGUGUUCUUCCAAGCAUGACCAUUACUGAGAUCCUAGCCUGUCUUAUGUCCCUUCUCCCACUCGGAAGGAUUCUUAGGUGAGACCUAACCCAAAUAAUUGUGUAAACUCAAAAGAGAGGGUAAGAAGAAUACCUGGGUGGCUCAGUUGGCUAAGUGUCUAACUCUUGAUUUCGGCUUAGGUUGUGAUCAAGCCCCGCAUCGGGCUCCACACUCAGCACAGAGCCUGCUUCUCUCCCUCACUCUGCUCCUCCCCCUGCUCACUCGCCCCUUCUCUCUCUCUCUCAAAUAAAUAAAAUCUUAAAAAAGAGAGAGACACUAUAAACUCAGACUGGAUGUCACAAAGCCUCUUCAUCUUCUCAGUUACUUCCAUCUUCUAAUACUUUUGUUUCAACCAAAAGUAGAUGUCACAAUAGCAAAGCCUAUCAAGUCCACCAGCCUGUUUGUUCUUUGCACAGAAGAGGUGACUGACCCCUCUGGUCACCACAGAAUCAAGGCAGUGUCUGGUGUUAACAGCAGCCAAGAUGAGACUGCACGACAGGCCUCACUCGGGACCAAGAUUAUUCUGGGCACAGCAGACCAAAUUAACUCACCAUGCAGCCUCCCUGAGCAUUCACAUUAUCCAUUCCAACCCAUCCCAACUCUUUGCCUAGAUGGAGUUCUCAUUAGGGCUCUGUCUCCGGGAUUAACCAUGGGGUGUGACCAUUUUUCUCUAGCUUGCUUACAAACCAUAUUUUUGUUCUGUUGGCCAUCAUCCCGUGAGCUGCAUUCAGAGCAGAAUAGCUCCUCGGAAGAAGUGACUAAUGGAAUGUCUUUCUGAGUCCCUUCCUCCUCCUCCUGAUUCUCGGAUAAUUUCCUUUUAUUCCACUAUUAUCCUCUGCCGAGGGCUUUUCCCAUGAAAGGCGCUCAAAAAACGUGUGAAUGGAGAGAACAGUGAUGACACGGAGCACACAAUGACAGUCGGUCGGUCCCAGGCAUUGGGUGGAGUGUUUUCUAUGCUUUAUCCCAUGGAAUCCUCACAACAGACCUUGGCAGUAGGUACUAUUAUUAUCCCACAUCAUAGUUGAGAAGACGAUGUAAAGGGAAAGUAAAUAACUUCGGAAGUAACGAAGCAAGUAAGAGGAAGAGUCAGGGCUUGAGUGAAAACCCCAGCAAUUAGAAAAACCCUCCAUGAAGACUUAGAAUUUAAACAAAAAUUCACCUAGAAAAUGGAAGCUCACCAAACUUCUGAUUUAUCUCAUGUUAACUACGGAAUUUUUAUUAAAUAUCAAGUUCAACUUCCAAAGAUACUGGUACCUGAUUUUCUGGUUGUCUCAGCAUAUGAUUAGCCUCCCUAUAGGCAGAGGAAGGAUUUGAGCCCAGGAAAUUCAACUUCAGAACUGGAGUUCUUCACCAGGAUGUUAAGGAGGAGUGCAUGGAUGGCUAAUACUGGGUUUAAGAGGUUGCCUUAGAGACCAAGCCAAAAACCUGACUUCUCCCCACAGUCCCUGUAGUGGAAACUGGAGCCUUCACCUUCUUACAAGUGGUUCUGAUGCCUGUUUCUAAGUUCACAGUUACUUGUCACUGUGACACUCUCAGGCAUUCAGAGUAUAUUUGCUCACAAGGAUGUGAAUGUAGCCACCGUAAAUGCUGUUUGCCAAAAAUUAAUUAAUUAAUUAAAAAAAUAAAUGCUAUUUACCAGAAA